UGUGAUUUUUGAAUUUAUUUUCCAGUGAAAAUGAACAAUUCGGCAUUUGGUUUACGAGGUAUGAGCCAAAAUUUUGGCAUAAAAAUUUGUUGCUGUCGCGUAUGCACCUGCAUCAACUUUGGUUUUGCAAUGUCAAAAAUGGGCCUUCUGAAAAUGUUACAACUGGGUGCGGCUAUGUUAUGCGAGGGUCUACUUAUACGCUAUGGUAUUCCAGCAGCUGAUACUAUUGGACAAGCAUUAACUAGUUUCUUAACAACGACGGCAUACUGUUUUACCACAACAGCUAUAUUAUUGAUAUGCUAUUGCUUCUCAGAGAAAUCAUUCAGUUUGAUAAGGCAGUCAUUAUUCGAAACACUUUUUAAUGGCGUAGCAUGUUGUAUGUACUUUAGCUCUGCUAGUUAUAUGGGUUUCGCUUGUGUCGUAUGGUUACAUCCACAAUUUUUAGUACGUCCAGGAUUUUGGGCUUACCCAGCGAUGACAGCUGCUUAUUAUAUUGGAUAUGCUGGGGGUAUUUUACAUGGCAUAGAUGCAUUUUUAGCAUUCAAACAUUUUAGAGGUUACAGAUAA